AUGACGACGCGCGAGUACGAAGAGGCUUUCCUGCCGAGACGCCUCAAACGCAUCAAGGUCUUCAAUACCCCGCCGCCCAGCGAACUUCCUGCCUUUUUCCACAAGCGCCUCGACAACGCGCACUCAAAUCCGCGCUCCAUUCUCAAGCUGUAUCGGCAAUACAUGAGGAAGGACGAUUAUCCAGCGUACGACUGGCUCGUCCGUUGCUUCUGCCAGUUGGGAAACGUCUUUGGAUUUAAUUCCUUCUGGGCGACGAAGGACAAACAAGUGAUUCACGCGUUGCCAAGUUUCAAGUUCCUCGUGUAUGACCUGAUUGAGCGGAAGCACUUGAUUGAGCCCCACCAGGCUCCUCGCCUGCUGUACGCCUCAGCCUGUCUCGAGUACCGAUCAUGGUACCUCCUUCCGACGCUUCUGGAGCAUGUCGAGGCGAAUCUGCAAGAGUGGCGAACACCUACCUUGGCGAACAUGGCUCUCACGCUCUCUCUGAUGGGGAUCGGCGACGAUGCGCCAGACACCAACCAAUUCGGCCCGGCAGAUUUGCUCUCGCGCGACUACUCGGGCCUCGUCUCUAAAUUAGCUCUCGAAGUCCACCGACGCAUCGCUUCUCUCCCUUCGUCGGGGGAUUCUGGAGAAGGCGACAGUGCGUUUGUCGAGGAGCCGAGAAGGAGUCCGUUGCACGACAGUCUUGGCUGCAUGCCUUUUGACUACGCCAGCCUUGCCUUUGCGCUCACAUUGCAAGGCAGCUACGACCUGCAUCUGCCCUCGGAUGAAGCGGGGAAGUCGACUCUCGCGCUCUUCCUCCAGCGCGCAUGUGAACCGUUGUCCUUGGAGCAGCUGGAGAACAGCGGCUGGGUACAAUUUUUUCUGUACCAAACUUUGUACUGCGUGGACGUGGAGAAACCCCAGAGGGAAGUGGAGGUGAAGAAGGCAGUCCCUUUCGCGUUCCAGAAGCAUCUGCAUCUUUCCUGGCUAGACAAAAUCCUCAUCAAUGCUCAGCCUCAGGGCGGCGAACUCCUUCAACUCGACGUCGACGCCGCGUUGAAGAGGCUGUACGUCUCCGACGCGCUCAUCAACUGCUCGGCCGGUCGCCAGUGGGACGAGCAGCACUGCUGGUUCGCGGGUCAUCUGAUUCGCUCGCGAAACCUCGCUCUCGAGUACGACUACCUCCUCCCUCUAGGGCCGGGGCGACCGAAGGUGUCCGGCUGGCUGGCGUGCAAACGCAGGAUGUUCAAGGCUUUCGGUCUCAACGUCGCCACGAUCCACCAGUCUUUCUGGUCGCAUCUGAAUCUCGAGCAAAAAGACGUCCAGCUCACGCGCCUGCUUGCCCAAUUCCCCCCCGUGCUCGAAGUCGUCAAAGAAGAGCAGAAGGCAUACGAAGAAGAUAAAAACCUCCGCUUCCGACGCCAUGCGCGACAAAAAUUCGAGACAUGGCCUCCAGAGAAACUCGAAAUUUAA